AUGGAGGGCAAAAAGGUACUUUUAAAAGUUUUGCCUAUGAAAGGUUUGAUGAGAUUUGGGAAAAAGGGAAAGUUAAGCCUGAGGUUUAUUGCUUCGCUUGAGGUGUUCGAGAGAGUUGGGAAGGUUGCUUAUAGGUUUGCAUUACCUCCCAGCCUAGCAAGAGUACAUCCGGUAUUUCACUUUCGGUACUUUGGAAGUACCAUGAAGAAGUCACAUGUUCUGGACUUCAGCACGGUGCAACUUGAUGAAAAAUUGACAUAUGAAGAAGAGCUAGUGGUUAUUGUAGAUAGGCAGGUUCAAAAGUUGAGAUCUAAGGACAUUUCUUCCGUGAAAGUGCUUUGGAAAGGGCAGCAAACUGAGGAGGGUUACUUGGGAGUCCGAAUCUGA